AAUUCAAUUCUGAACUAGCCGUGUGUAAAAGCAAGUUCGCAAACACAGAUGACUUUCUUUCAAAAACAAGAUAAUCAUUCAACUUCUAAAAAUAAGGUUAAUAACCUAUAAUAUUUUGCCAUAAUUUGUAAGCUACAUGAGAAAGAGCUAGAAAUAGUAUUGGGAAAUACAAAACACUGAUAAUUGUUCAACAGAAAUGCAAUAAAUUACAGGAGAUCGGUAAACACAUAACGAGGCACCCCAAUGAUCUCGAACAACGAGGUGCGAGCUGUGUUAGCGUCGGUGGUAGGAACCUCGUUCCUGCGAGGCUACAUGCGGGGAGUCAUGUGUGAUCCCCGUCUCGCCCUCUUCCAGUGGAUAACCGGAGUGCAGCCAACAAACAUGGGGCUCAUGAAGUUCAUAAUGUCGGAGGAUGUGCAGUCAGUAUGGAUGUCGGUGAUAGCUGUUGACUCCCUGUCCAACAUGGGGGGUGCUCUUAUAUUCCCCUCGCUCGCCAAGAAGUUUGGAAGAAGGGGUGCCAUGCUGGUUGGGUCCUAUACUAUCAUAUUUGCGUCUCUGCUCUGUGGGUAUUCACUGCUGUUCAAUUCGAAACUCAUGUUUUACUUUGGUCUCUUCAUCUUCGGCUUCAACAACGGUAUGUUCAGCGGCCUAGCCCCCGCCUACCUGUUGGAGAUCUCCAGGCGUGAUAGACGGGGCGUGGUCACGUGCACCUACGAGCUGGCUCACUCCAUUGGCUUCGUCGUGGCUCACGUGAUUAGCGUGAAGAUAGCCGAUCAUGACCGCUCAGCGUGGCCAUUCGCCAUUUCGCUGGUGAUAUUCGCGUGGAUCAUCAGUGUCUAUCUGCUGCCCACCUGCCCAAGGUCACCGCGCAUGCUCUACUCCAUCAAGCUGAGGACGUUUGAGGCUAAGAAGGCACUCGAAUGGCUGCGAAACUCAGACUGCAUCAACGACGAACUCCAAGAACUGCACGACGAAUACGUCUGCAACCGCGUCCUCUUCAAGAACUUCACGUGGAAGGACGUGUUCGUCGUGAAAAUCUUCAGGAAGUGUAUGUUCGUUUCGAUCCUUGUGACCUUCAGCCGUCAGCUGUGUGGCAUGGACCUGAUCGACACCACGCCUCACUUCAUCCUCACCACAAACGGCUACAAUUUCAACGAAAUGCCCGAAAUCAUCCUAGGAAUGCAACUGUCAAAAGUCGCCAUGAACAUAGUUGCCAUGUGUUUAGUCGAGGGAAAACUGGGGAGAAGAAACCUGAUCCUUAUCAGCAUCAUUGGUUGUGCCAUGGCAUUCUUCGCGUACCUCAUCGAACGGUUAAGUAAUCAUUCCUACGGGUUCCUCGCCCUUCUACCUCAAUACUGCCUAUGUAUGUCUUACGGUCUCGGUUUAGGCCCGGUGACCCGUUUUGUGCCCUUUGAACUUUUUCCAGUUUUCGCAUCCCUGAGGGCUUCGUCCUUCGCGCUAGCCAUGGGGGAACUGCUCAGGUUGCCGGCGUUCCUGGGGUUUUUCUGGAUGUUUGGGAGUGUGACUGGUUGGAUCAGUUUCAAUUUUCUCACUUUGAAUCUGGUGUUUUAUUUUCUGUUGAAAACUAACCUGCCUGAGACUAAGAAUAAGUCGUUUUUUGACGUUUAUAAGAGUAUGUGAUUGUAGGUGAUCAAAUAUCAAGGGAUCACCGAAUCACGAAGAAGAAAUAAAAAUGUUCUUGUUUGAAUAACAAUUGGAAUUUAUAGUACGAUUGAAAGCCUGAGACUAGAAACAAGUCAUUUUUGACGUUUAUAAGAGUAUGUGAUUAUGAUAUCAAGAACAAGAAUAUAGUUGUUGAUAGAACAAUAUUAGGAUUGAUUGAAUAAUUAGUAGAGGACUGAGAAUUCUUGUUCUUAUUCAAGAACAAGAAUUGUUUUUCGUAUCACAUUAUGUGAUCAUUGGAUCAAGAACAAGACUAUUGGUGUUGAUAGAGCAAUUAGAAUUAAUUGAACAAUUAGAACAAUAAGAAUUGUUGUUCUUAUUCAUGAACAAGAAUUGAUUGUCGUAACACAUUUGUGAUCAUGGAAUCAAAAAGAAGAAUUUCUCUUUACUGAAAAUCUAAAACAGUCAGAUUGGAAUGAUACUAUGAAGAGAUCACAGAUUUGUAGGGAGUUGAAAUCAUGUUUUGAACCGGUUUUUGGCUUUUAACUAUCCAACUAUGUUUUUGGUCAUGAUUGAACAGAAUUCUGGACAGAACAUUAUUUUUCAGGCAGGUACUUAUCUUUUGCAACUACUUCAAUAAUGUUCACUACAACAACGAUUUCUUGAAGUUUGUAUAGUGGUUAGUUAGUUUAUUACAGUAACGUGGAGAAAGCUUGUACUUCAAAUAAAUGAAGAAAAUUUAUAAUCA